GAACGUUCGGAACCCAACCGCUUUCCUCUCCUUUCUCUUGCAGCCUGCCCGGCGGGGACGUUCAAGGCCAGCCAGGGCGUGGGGGUCUGCGUGCCCUGCCCCUCCAACAGCCGCUCCACCGCUGAGGCCUCACCGCUCUGCACGUGCCCGCGUUCACCCCUGCCGGCAGCUGCCUGCACCAGCGUCCCAUCCGGCCCCCGCAACGUCAUCUCCAUCGUCAACGAGACGUCCAUCAUCCUGGAGUGGCACCCGCCGCGAGAGACGGGGGGUCGGGACGAUGUCACCUACAACAUCGUCUGCAAGAAGUGCCGGUCGGACCGACGCGCCUGCUCCCGCUGCGACGACAACGUGGACUUUGUUCCCCGGCAGUUGGGGCUGACGGAGACCCGGGUCUUCAUCAGCAACCUGUGGGCGCACACGCCGUACACCUUUGAGAUCCAGGCUGUCAACGGGGUUUCCAGUAAGAGCCCCUUCCCACCGCAGCACGUCUCCGUCAACAUCACCACCAACCAAGCCGCACCCUCCACCGUCCCCAUCAUGCACCAGGUGAGUGCCACCAUGAGGAGCAUCACGCUCUCCUGGCCUCAGCCCGAGCAGCCCAACGGCAUCAUCCUGGACUAUGAGAUCCGCUACUAUGAGAAGGUGAGCCGCAUCUGCACGCCUGAUGUCAGCAGCACCGUGGGCUCCAGGCCGGCAGCGGACCACAACGAGUACAACUCCUCCAUGGCCCGCAGCCAGACCAACACGGCCAGGAUCGAGGGGCUGCGACCCGGCAUGGUGUACGUGGUGCAGGUCCGAGCCCGCACCGUGGCCGGCUACGGCAAGUACAGCGGCAAGAUGUGCUUCCAGACGCUGACGGACGAUGACUACAAGUCGGAGCUGAGAGAGCAGCUGCCUUUGAUUGCGGGGUCCGCGGCGGCCGGGGUGGUCUUCAUCGUCUCACUGGUGGCCAUUUCCAUCGUCUGCAGCAGGAAGCGCGCCUACAGCAAGGAGGCGGUGUACAGCGAUAAAUUACAGCACUACAGCACCGGGCGAGGGUCUCCAGGGAUGAAGAUCUACAUUGACCCCUUCACUUACGAGGACCCCAACGAGGCGGUCCGAGAGUUUGCCAAGGAGAUCGACGUAUCCUUUGUGAAGAUUGAAGAGGUCAUUGGAGCAGGGGAGUUCGGAGAAGUGUAUAAAGGACGCCUGAAGUUACCUGGCAAGCGGGAGAUCUAUGUGGCCAUCAAAACACUUAAAGCCGGCUACUCCGAGAAGCAGCGCCGGGAUUUCCUGAGCGAAGCCAGCAUCAUGGGGCAGUUUGACCACCCCAACAUCAUCCGGCUGGAAGGAGUGGUGACCAAAAGUCGACCGGUCAUGAUCAUCACAGAAUUCAUGGAGAACGGGGCCCUGGACUCCUUCUUGCGGCAGAAUGACGGGCAGUUCACAGUGAUCCAGCUGGUGGGGAUGCUCCGAGGAAUUGCCGCCGGGAUGAAGUACCUUGCAGAGAUGAAUUACGUGCACCGAGAUCUGGCUGCCAGGAACAUCCUGGUCAACAGCAACCUGGUGUGCAAAGUAUCGGACUUUGGCCUCUCGCGCUACCUGCAGGACGACACGUCCGACCCCACCUACACCAGCUCCUUGGGAGGGAAGAUCCCCGUCAGGUGGACAGCGCCGGAGGCCAUCGCCUACCGCAAGUUCACCUCAGCCAGCGACGUCUGGAGCUACGGCAUUGUCAUGUGGGAGGUGAUGUCGUUUGGGGAGAGGCCCUACUGGGACAUGUCCAACCAAGACGUGAUCAACGCCAUCGAGCAGGAUUACCGGCUCCCGCCGCCCAUGGACUGCCCCGCCGCCCUGCACCAGCUGAUGCUGGACUGCUGGCAGAAGGACCGCAACACCCGCCCGCGUUUCACCGAGAUAGUCAACACCCUCGAUAAAAUGAUCCGCAACCCGGCAAGCCUCAAAACUGUGGCAACCAUCACCGCUGUGCCUUCUCAGCCCCUCCUCGACCGCUCCAUCCCCGACUUCACUGCCUUUACCUCAGUAGAUGACUGGCUGAGCGCCGUGAAGAUGAGCCAGUACCGGGACAGCUUCCUCACCGCUGGCUUCACCUCCCUGCAGCUUGUUGCCCAGAUGACAUCUGAAGACCUCCUGAGAAUAGGGGUGACUUUGGCUGGGCACCAGAAGAAGAUCCUGAACAGCGUCCAGUCCAUGCGAGUACAGAUGAGUCAGUCUCCGACCUCGAUGGCAUGACGUCCCUUGUUCGACGGGGAGGGGAGUGGGGAGGGCACGCAGCGGAGGGGCAGAGGUGGGAGGGGAGGAAUUGACGGGUGCCGUGGGGCAGCGUUUGGAGAGGUGCCGCCGCUGCCCAGAGACUGUGACCGCAGGCGAAGGAUGUUCCUGGGACUCAUCUCUUAUUAACUGGUGACUUCCGUUCCUCACCAACAGAAGCACACUUACCAAUGUCAUGGGGAACAGCGUAUAAAUACAUAUAAAUAUGUACAAAUCAUAUAUUUAAAAAACAAAACAA